AUGGGCGGCUGCAUUCAGUGUGCAGACCAGGGGUCAGCAGAAAACAACAAAGAGGAUGGGGUGGUGCACCGCCGCACCUUUGACAAGUGCUCCCUCCUGACACCUGCACAGAGACUGCGCCUGAAAAAUGCGGGCACAUACAGCGUCCCGGACAUCAUUCUGCAAGUACCGGCGGCAGGCAGGGGCCUGGCAGAGAACAUCCACAUUGUGGAAAUCAAGUACUGCAGGGACACCAACCGGCACCCCACAAUUGCCAAUUGUGCAGCAGCCACGGCACAGCACGCCGCGCUCAUAGCCGAACUGCAGAAGGCCCGCCGGCAGGUUCACCUCCACGUGAUUACACUGGGUGUGGGGGGCGUAAUCUACGCGGACAUGAUGAAGGAGAUGGCCGACUGA